UUGUUAACAUUGAUUGAAUUCUUGAAACCGCUCGUGCCAUAUACGUUAUUAUAAAUCGUUCCAAUCCCUUGAUGGACGUCUUUUGUUGAUGUUGCGUGCAUUCAUUUUUCUAUAGACUUAUUUACAGUUAUUCCCGGAAAAUCCUCAUCGUUAAGUGAAAUAACACUCGUUCUCCAUUAUGCAUUAAAAAAAGCUUCUGAAUUACAAGGACAUCCAAAGUUUAUCUGCCCGCAGGAUGGAAAUAUAUAUUAUAACGUUCUAUUAUUUUUUUAUCUGUUUAUUUAUUUCUUUGGGUGUUAAAUCAUAACUUAAAAACACCUGGGCCGAUUUUCCUAAAAUUUUGUUUGGAGGAAUUAUGUGUAGAAUCAUGGGAAUUUUCUUUGCUUGGUUUAAGAAAUUUAAGCUGAUUCAGUUUAAACACUUAAAGAACCUUUUUAUGAUAAAUAAAACAAAGUUCAGCACAAAAUGUUCUUCAACACCUUCAUUUUCAUUAUGCUGUUCAGUAAAUCAAUAGCUUUAUCCCCUGGUCAAGUUUUGAGGUAUAAAACAUCUUCCUGCAACAGCUUGGAACCAGUUUAUGUUCUUGAAAACUGGAAUUCACCUGGCGGAGAGUUCGGCCAAACAACCAUAGAUAAUCUGGGAGAGGCGGAUGAUCAGCUGGUGCGUCCAAGACGAUCCAGGGAUAGGUCUCCAGCAUUCAGCUUGUUUACUAACUUUACCCAGUAUAGAAGAGGAAGAGAUUUUAUAAUUGAAAUCGUUACAUCAUCUUACUUCGACUCGUUCAUUUUGCAAGCACGUGGCACCACGAGGAACAACGGAAACAAUGCGACCCUGGUGGGCAGUUUUGAAAGAAUACCAUCUGUUGCCAAAUAUGUGAACUGUUUCUCCAAGGAGAGGUCAAGUGUGGUGGAUAAAGGAAGGCCAAUAAGAUUGUCAAACAUGACUUUUACAUGGAGGGCACCAUCUACAGAUAUAGGUCCUAUCAAGUUUGUGGCAUCUAUUGUUGUAGGUGACGAGUAUAAUAUAAUUGAAACUGAAGAUAUAACGUUUAAUAACUUCCCUGUAUCCUUCAGAGGGUGUGGAAGUGAUGUAACCUGCUACAGGCAGUGUAGCCCCUCCUCCCCGUACACCUGCCCCUCGGAGGAGGUCAACUACAUGGUCGUCAUCAGCCUCAACAAGACCAGAGACGAGGUUAUCAUCAGCCUCGGGGGAACAGCGGAGAAUGAUACGAAAUAUAUUGCCCUUGGAUUCGGAAAUGAUAAAGCAGAGCUGACGAAUAUGGAUGUUAGUGUCUGCUACAGAGAAGGAAAUGAUGUAAUGUUGGGUCAUUAUCUCACAGAAAACAAAUACUCUGAUCUAUAUCCACAUAGGUCUCCGAUAUCUUUGGAAACCAGUGAUCUAGAUCAAACAACUAACUUUAUCUGGUGUCAAUUCAGCAGAUCAAUUAGACCAGAGACAAUAUGGGAUUUAGACCUUUCCCAGCCUUUGUAUCAUUUCUACUUUCGAGGAGAUAAAAACAAUUCAAGAUUACUGGUUAGACCCGGAACUACUGGAACUCAAAACAACAGGGUUCGGAGGAAUACAAACUCAAGAUUGAGUUUACCCGACCCAGUUCGAAUAUUUAGCAGUGGUACAAAGGCGAACUUCUCAACAGUCUUCAGUGAUAUUGCCUUCAGGAAUUCCUCUGUAUCUCCUGUGUCAACUAUGUUCUGGUUCAUAGCCACCAUCUUUAUUCUAGUUAAUAAAUACACAAUAUAAAUUAGUAUAAGCUGUAGUCAGAACUUUUGUGUUGUUAAUCUCGGGAUUUAGCAUUAAUCUUCAUCUUAGCAACGGAUUAACUUAAUUCCUCUUCGGUAUCCCGUGAUAGACAUACUCUGCAGGGAUAGACAUACUCUGCAGGGAUAGACAUACUCUGCAGGGAUAGACAUACUCUGCAGGGAUAGACAUACUCUGCAGGGAUAGACAUUCUCUGCAGGGAUAGACAUACCCUGCAGGGAUAGACAUACUCUGCAGGGAUAGACAUACUCUGCAGGGAUAGACAUACCCUGCAGGGAUAGACAUACUCUGCAGGGAUAGACAUUCUCUGCAGGGAUAGACAUACCCUGCAGGGAUAGACAUACUCUGCAGGGAUAGACAUACUCUGCAGGGAUAGACAUACCCUGCAGGGAUAGACAUUCUCUGCAGGGAUAGACAUACCCUGCAGGGAUAGACAUUCUCUGCAGGGAUAGACAUACUCUGCAAGGAUACACAUACUCUGCAGGGAUAGACAUACUCUGCAGGGAUAGACAUACUCUGCAGGGAUAGACAUUCUCUGCAGGGAUAGACAUACUCUGCAGGGAUAGACAUACCCUGAGGGAUCAAGCAAUUAUCCUCGAUUUUAAAAUUGCCCACAUUGGAUAUCGAGAUCAAGCGUUUAAGAUUAACAUUAUUAACACAAAAGUUCCGAUCUCUGCCUAUGUAAAAGGUUAGUUUGUAACAAUUAUAAUGCAAAAGUGCAUUUACUGUAUCCCUUAAAAUAUGAAUGUGUUCUCGAUGUGAAAGGAUUUUUGUCCAUACGAAUUAUGUAUUAAUAUGAAGUUUUUUUUUAAUUUCAUUUUUAUAUAUCAUUCUGUUUUAUACUGUGUCAAAAUAGAUUACUUUCAACAUACAUAAACCAUAUUUCAUUUCUAAAUUUCUAUUUCAUUUAUCUUUGCAACCUGAUGUCAUUGACAAUCGAACGGAAUUUCAAAAUGAUGACUUCUGUCUUCUACAAGAUCAAGAUUUGAAAUAUCAACGGUCUACACCAUCAGGUUGAAAAGAACUUGAAGUUUAAAAUAUCAAGGGUCUACACCAUC